AUGGCGCAGGCCCCAGGAGAUGGAGCCCACAGAGCUGCAGUCCUGCAGAAACACUGCAUUUGGUUGCACUUAUACGUUGUGGGUUGUGGGUCGUGUGUUCUCCGUUGUGGUUCCAACAAGCAAGAAGCAGGCUCCAGCAAAUGGUACGAAUUUGCCGCUAAAGGCAAAGUGCGGUGGGCGAAAGAAAGAGGAGGUAUCCAGCAUCUGGACAGACGCCGUUUGAAGCGAGAGCUUGGCGGACCAUUGAAUGCAAAGUUGUCCGUUGUUGGAGUGUGUUUCCCAUUCAAUGCGGAUCUGUCUGGCGGUGCUCUCACAGUACAGUUCCGUCGCCAGGGGUCUCGUGCUUGA